AUGGCCAAGGGAGGAGGCUCGCAGCUGUCGCAGCUCAAGUCCAAGCUCCACAGCUCUGGCGUCACAGACCGUCGUCAGCUCUCGAAAAAGUCGCGUUCGCGCAAAGGUGGUCAGGACGAGAAGGAUGCUGCUGCGGCCCGUCUCAACAGGAUCAGCUCGAUCGUCUCCGGACUCAACCCGUUCGACCAGAAGGUGACCAAGCCCAAGCAUGAGGUGCUCGGUCGCAAGAUCAAGGGAGCGGUCGGUAGGCCCGGCGCAGCCAAGGCUAGCGGCCUUGCACAGAGGAGAGAGGCGCUGCUGCCAGAGCUCCAGAGCCGCAACCGCACAAGCACUUUUGUCGACCGCCGAUUCGGUGAGAACGACGCCAAUAUGACUCCCGAAGAAAAGAUGCUCGAGCGUUUCGCCACCGAAAAGCAGCGAAGGGCGGCCAAGGGAGCCGCCUUCAACCUCAACGACGACGACGAUGUCCUCACUCACUACGGCCAGUCCCUCAGUGGUCUCGACGACCUUGCGGACAUCCGCCUCCCAGAAGACGACGACGAAGAGGAUCCAGGACGGCUUACGGCUCAAGAUCACUUUGGCGGCUUUGGCGAAAACGAGGACGGCGAAAAGUCCAAGGCGGACGUGAUGCGCGAAGUCAUCGCCAAGUCCAAGUUCCACAAGAUCGAACGCCAGAAGAUGAAGGAUGCCGACGAAGAGCUGCGAGAGCAGCUAGAUGACGAGCUCGCCGACAUCCGCGGCCUCCUUUACGAGCAGCAAGCCGUGCCGACACCAGCACCAGCUGCCGACCCCAAGGCCAAGGCCAAGCUCUCGGUCUUCCCAGGGCCCGCCACAGGAGCCAACGCCACCGCGGUCGCGGGCGCCGGUACCAGCGCUGUCGAAGGCGACGAAAAGCCGGCCAGCUCGUACGACACCUUUGUGCGCGAACUUGCCUUCGAGCGCAGAGCCAAGCCGCAGGAUCGUCUCAAGAGCGAAGAGGAGCUCGCCGCCGACGAAGCACAGCGUCUGAUGAAGGCGGAGAAGGCGCGUCUGAAGCGAAUGCGCGGCGACAGCGACGACGAAGGCGAUGACGAGGAUGCAGAGGCAGGUGGCCGUCGCAAGCGCAAGAAGGGCGCUAGCUCGACAUCUGGACCCAAGCGCGCCGCACAGGCCGACGACCUCGACGACGACUUUGAGCUGGACGGCUUCACAGCUGGCGAGGUGUAUGGUCUCGGUGCCGGCCUUGCCGAGAGUGGCGCUGUCGACGAAAGCGAUGAUGAAGAGGAGGAUGACGAUGAAGACGCAGAGAAUGACAGCGACGAGGACGACGCCGACGGGCAAUCCGCUGCUUCGGGCUCUGCCGAAGAGGACGAGGCGGAUGAUGACGACGAGGAUGAUUUCGCCGACCUCGCGGAUGCAGACGACGCCAUCCAAAUUGGCGAGGAUGAAGAGUCGGAGCAGGAGGGUGACCACGAAGCGAUUACUGGCGGUACCAAGGCAUCGUCUUCCAGCAAAGUGGGCAAAGCCAGCUCGUCCUCCUCCAAGGCUAAGUCGGCACCAGUGACAGCUACCAAACUGCCCUUCACAUUUCCCUGCCCUGCGACGCACGACGAGCUGCUCAACCUUCUGGACAAGCACGAGAUCGAGCCCAAGAACAUCCCCACCGUGAUCAAGCGCAUCCGCACUCUGCACCAUGCGAGUCUGGCCGAGGACAACAAGUACCGUCUGCAGGCGCUCAUCGGGGUGCUCAUCGACCACGCGCUGCACUGGGCUGGGCAGGCACAGGCGCACCAGGCCGCCACGGGCGAGAAGCACAAGCUGGCGUUCGCGAUUGUCAACUCGCUCAUCCCGCACAUCUUCAGCCUCUCGCAGAGCUACCCGGCCACGGCGGCCGAGCACUUUGUGGGCAAGCUCGCGCUGAUGCAGCGCAACCUCUCGCGCGGGCUGGCCAAGGGUCCCACCGACGCCGACGCACGCACCUGGCCCGGGCUGGCCGAGCUGACGCUGCUCAGGUUGGUGGGCACGAUCUGGCCGACUUCGGACAAGCAGCAUGCUGUGACGACGCCACUGGCGCUGCUGGUCGCGCAGUACCUGGGUCAUGCGCGCAUCCGCUCCGUGAGCGAUCUGGCGUCAGGACUCUUCCUAUGCUCGCUCGUGGUGUCCAACGAGAAGGAGAGCGCAAGGUUGUUCCCCGAAGCACUCAACUUUCUCUUUUCGGCGAUCGCCAUCCUUGCCUCGCUGGACAGGCAGGGGCUGGCCAAGGUGCGCUCCACGGCCGAGGAGUAUGGCAUUCCGACACCGGACGUGGAUGUUGCGCACUCGCAGCGCCUGCGUCUCGAGGACGACAGUGCCGUCGAGGCAACGCAACAGCCCGUGGACUUGCCGAGCCUCAUCACUGCCAAGAAGCAGGACGCGGACCCCCACCAGCGAGCCGAGCUUCUCUCGGUGGCUCUUGCCCUCACGGCCGACUUCAGCACACUGUACGCCGGCUCGACAUCGUACAUGGAGCUGUUCACACCUUUGUCCGUCCUUCUCUCGACGAGCUCGUCGACGUCAGGUUCGACGGUGGGUGCGACACUAGCUCGGCAGCUGAAGAUGGCUUCGUCGUCGCGUCGCUUCCUGCGACUGCAGGCGCACCGUGCGAUUGCGAUCGCAUCGCACGUGCCCAAGUUCGACCAGCAGGGCUACAACCCGGACCGCAAGUCGGCGCUCGACCCGGACGUGGAGCGCGUGCAGAUCCAAAAGAUGAAGGCGCUCAUCAAGAAGGAGCGCAAGGGCGCCAUCCGCGAACUGCGCCGCGACAACCAGUUCAUCGCCGAGGUGCGCCGACAGGAACAGGCACAGGAGGACACCAGCUACAAGAACAAGAUCAACAAGAUCAUGUCCACGCUCCAGGUGGAAAGGAGCGAGCAGAAGCAGCUCGAGCGUGCAAAGGCCAACAUCAAGCGCAGAGCGGGCAAGAAGUGA